GAAAGAGUACGAAUUUGGGGUCCCAAGUUUAACACUAGCGAUAUUAUCACUAGAUCAUGUUUUUGUUCGCGAAUUGGGCGUCAAUUGUUGAAUGCUCGAGUGAUUUUGUUGGUAAUGCUGGUGCUUCAAUUAACAAUAAAUAAACACAUAAAUCCAAACAUACAAAUGAAAGCAUACACAUAUGGACGUGAAGUUUGCACAGUCAUCAGAUACCAUGUGCUUACUAAUGUAGUCACCACGAUUCAAAAAAAAAAAAAAUCUCUCUCAGUCACAGUAGACAUUAAUACGAUAUCAAGAAAUAGUUAAUCUCAUUUACUCGAGCGGUUGAAAUAUGUUCAGUAACAGAUUUUAUACCACAUACUAACAUUAUUAAGAGAAAGAUUGUGGUGGGCAACCGAAUAGUAUAUUUUAUGAAACAAAUACAAAACCCUCUCAACCGAAUAGUAUCUUGGGCUACCAACACUCAUUGCUCGCUCGAAAAUGGCUACUUUUCGGUAUUUGGAAGAAAAACUGCUGGAGCGACUGCAAGGGUGGAAACGGCGGACUCUAUCUUGGGCUGCUAAAGAGGUCUUGAUCAAGUCAGUCGCUCUGGCUUUACCAUUACAUGUCAUGUCUUGCUUCAAGCUCCCUCUGUCCCUUUGCAGGCUCCUUGAUAAGCAUGUAGCCAGGUUCUGGUGGAGUGUUGAAGAAGAGCAAUCGAAAAUUCGCUGGGUUUCUUGGCGGAAUUUGUGCAAGAGCAAACAUGAUGGUGGAAUGGGAUUUAGCCGCUUUGAGCAUUUUAAUCAGGCCCUUUUGGCUAAGAUUGGAUGGCAAAUCCUUAACGACCCUCAAUCUCUCUUAGCGCAGGUCUAUCAAGGAAAGUAUUUCCCUACGGGAACUUUUCUCACUGCUCAAGCACGAUCUCGUCCAUCUUGGGGAUGGCAGAGCGUUCUCUAUGGUAGGGAGUUGCUUGAGAAGGGGAUCAGGUGGCAGGUUGGGAAUGGUCUGAAGACCUCCCUCCUUUCAUCAAACUGGAUUCCACUUUUACAUCCGAAUCCUCCGCAAUUCAACCCUCUGGUCCUUCCGGUGGGGGGAGGUCUCCCAGUCGCUGAGGUGAUCAUCCCCGGGGAAGGACGCUGGGAUGAGUCUAAGUUGAACCAGUGGUUUGAUCCUCCAACCUGUCGAGCCAUCACAACUAUCCCUCUCCCGCGGGGCACUGUAGAGGAUCGAUUGGUUUGGCAUGACUCUGCGGAUGGGGCUUUCUCAGUGAAAUCUGCUUAUCAUCUGGCAGUCCGCUUGGAUCAGUGUACCAACCGAUGGAGAGCUACGGUUAGUUGGAUGGACAGAGUUAGUUGGAUUCGGCUGUGGGGGGCCAAGAUUCCGCCUAAGCUAAAGGUUUUUCUUUGGCAAAUUUUUAACCGGGCUCUUCCCACAGCAGAGGCGUUACGUGAAAAAGAUGUAGAAGUACACCCCAGGUGUCCAGUGUGCUGGUCGGCGAGUGAGACGAUGGAGCAUUUAUUUCUUGACUGUCCGGUAGCCCGUGCACUUUGGGAUUUUGCAGGGUUGGAGCAUUUAGGGCAAGGGUUACCCCGUCAGACUUUCCCUCUCUUUCUUAAGACUUUGAUGGCAAUUGUCCAUAAGUCGGAUCUGUGGUUAGCUGUCGUGGCUGUCCUCUGGCGAAUCUGGAAAUCUCGCAACUGGGUGGUCUUUGAGGGGAAGCAGUUUGGGUUCCCAGCUUUGAUGAGGCAAUAUCACCAGCAGCUGGCUGAAUGGGCUCGCCUCCCUGCUGAUCCAGGCAUGGGGCCAGUCAAUCCCUGUCCCAGCCGCUUGAAUCCGGUGCGGAGUACUUCUAUAGUGUGUAUGUGGGAUGGGGCGACUCGUCGUGGGUCGCACUCGGCAGGGGGGAUAGUAGUCAUGACGUCGGCCAGGGAGAUUUUAGGGGUGGUCGGGGUUCAGUUUCAGUGUAUUGAUGACCCAUUAGUGGUGGAAGUUCUUGCUCUUCGGGAAGCGCUUUGGUGGUGUCUGGAGCAUGGUUUCCCGAUGGUGCAAUUUGAAGGGGAUGCCAAGGUCGUCAUUGAUAAGAUCAAUCGGGCAGAGACUGGUGAUAUCCGGAUGGGGGCUGUGCUUGAGGAAGUAGUCUCUUGUUUUGCCUCUAGGACGGGGUUUAGUGUGCGAUUUGUAGGUAGGCGUAACAAUCGGGUAGCCCAUGUAGUGGCUAGAAAGGCCCUUUCAUUGUUGCCUUCUGCUUGUCGUGUGUUUGAUUUUCAGGCCUGGCUGAAUUCUAGGAUGUAAUUAUCUCUUUGGUUAAUCAAUAUAUGAUAUCUUUUGCCCAAAAAAAAAAGAACUUCACUAUGAGCACUGAAUCUACAGUUUCCACAGUCCAAACUCACUACCAUUACCAUCUCUGCUACUCACAAAGACAAGCAAGAAAGCAAAACACACAAGCUACAACAAGAAUACAAGAUCCUCUCCAUUACGAAGCAGACUCUCCCUCACAAACCCUAACACAAAAACCACACCAAAAAACAGAGCAAAAUGGCACAUAAAUACCCUCCCCCAUCCAAAUGAGCAGCAACAAAAUAGGCUCCAUUGC